CUCAUCACAGCCUCAAUGAACAGCAUUGAAGAUGUGGGCUCUUCCACCUCGGGAUUUUCCACCACACCCCGUUUUCUCAAGCCCAGCUCGGCGUUUCCUUCUUUCGGUCAAGAAUGGGGAAGAAAUGGCAGUUUGUGUCUAAUCAGGUGGAAGAUGGAGCGGGGAAGGACGAAAGUACUAGGAAGAUUGUUAGAAAGACGGCAAUGAAGGCGUUCCGGCGGAAUCAGAGACUGGAACGGGUGAAGAACUUCAUGCAAGAACAGGGGGGCAUAGAAGAUCAUGGCGAUCUCGAGACUUUGGAUGAAAGAUCGGAGAAGGUCCCCAGCAAUGCCGCUUCUGGAAAACCUAGUUACCAUCUAAAUCAGGAUUCUCUGGGGUCUUCUGUGGUCUUGUUUCAGCCGGAGGCCUCCACCGAGUAUCCGAUUGAUUCUUUCUUCCACUGGCCGCAAGAGAUUGUGAGCCUCGAUCCGUUUGGGUCAUCCCCUCUAGGUACCUGCAGCACUUGGCACUUCCUUUUCACACACUUUGUCUAUCAUAUUGCUCCCAUGAUCCAGCCACUAGGUAUCAACAGUCAUUUGAAUCCCGUAAAUACACAAUGGGCCCGCCACGCAAUGAGCGAUCCAGCUCUUUUCCACGGAGUUCUGUUUCACGCAAGCGUGCAUGUCGAGUCGUAUGGAGGGCGACCUGGGAGCUCAAUAAGCACCCUCUUCCACAGAGGAGAGACCAUUCGUCUGGUUAGUGAGCGGCUGAAUAGUUCAGAUGGUUUUGUAAGUGACGAGACCAUUGCGGCAGUAGGCUGGGUUGCUUCAGAAGGUAAUAUCACUGGUGUUACCGAGCAAGAUGGAAUUCAUUGGCACGCCAUCGUGAAAAUGCUCAAUGCUAGGGGUGGCUUGCAGUCGCUAGGCUGGAGCGGUGCUCUUGAACUUCUUCUAACCUUGGGAAACAUUAUCUGGUCGAUGGUCGUAGGAACACCUCCGACGAUCGAACGGCCUACGCUCACAGGCUCUGAAUUUCCAAACAUUCCUCCCUCGCUCAUUAGGGACACCAGUAACACUUUGGCGGUUCUCGAAUUUGGCGAAGAUAUCAUGACCCUACUUCGAUUCAUGUCCGAGCUCACGAUCGCACAAAGUACUAUGAUCUAUACACAGGGAGUCAUAGCAGAAGAAAUCAUCGUAUUCAACAAGCUCCGUGCAGCAGCGGAACACAGAUUGCUUUCAUUGCGAGUUAUCACCCCUAUUGAGUUCCCCAAAAAGCAAUUGGAAGCGGCUGUCUAUGAGGCAUGUCGGGUCGCAGCGUUGAUGUGCAGCAACUGCAUUUUCCGGGAAUUUAUACCUCGAGCAGUUGCAUUUCGAGGAUUGAGAAAGGCAUUUGCCCUCGCUCUCACGGAGAUAGAAACUUUCGGCGACCUCGAAGAUCCUCAAGAUUUUGAGGAAUUGCUGCCUUGGAUCUAUUUCAUCGGCGGCAUGCUCUCAUCGCCAGCAGAGACGGAAGGGUAUGCGUUACGGGUGUCGAAGUCGAUGUCCAACUUAGGUUUUAAGGAUUGGGCAGAGGUAGAAAAUUGUUUGGCGAGGUGUUUAUGGAGUGAGAAAAUGCAGAAUAAAUAUUGUUUUGCUUUCUGGGAAAUGGUAAAGAAAUAUAACGAUAUUCCACUUAAUAGUAUAAACCAAAGUUCUCAGAAUAAAGAUUAA